AUGACAGUUGUUUUGUUGUGUUUUUCUUUCCUCCAGAAAAGUGAAGAGCGCUGGGGCAAAAAUUUGGAAAACGAAAAUUUAAUUUCACUUUCACUAUUCACUACGUUAAACAACUAUUUCCGUUUUGUAGCGAAGCAAAUACCGCCCAUCGGGUGAAGUCGAACACUCAAAAUAAGAUCUAGCUGAGAGGUGCUGGUGCGUGAAGGAGUAAUGUCCAGACGGCCAAUAACUCAUAAUUGCCACCAGUUCGAUGUACUGCUACGCAUGUAAAUAGCAAAAGGGCAUAGAGAGGAAUUGUUAAAAUAAUAAGUACUCUGGGAGUGAUUAAGUACAUGAAUUGGGAAAUAACCAGUCAAAGUUGAGAAGCGAAUGUACAAAGUGUGCUUAUCUGUAGGUAGUGCAAUACACGGCAAAAUUAUCGAACUUAGGUAAGCAACGCUUGCCAGCGCGCAGCAUUGUGUUCCCACACACGCGACGUGAAGAGCUAGGUAUUGCUGCCAAGUGAGGAUGCAAAGUGCAGCUAGAAAAUAAUUAACCGUUUUCGUCUGGAUAGACGCACUGCAGUUACAUGCGAAAACUUUAGCCAACAAACAAAAGGUAUUCUACGCCACCACCACACAAAUCACCCAUCCACCUAACCAAUUCAUGCCAGCCGCUAUGGGAAAUUAUGAUAAUGAUGGCAAGAAGUCAACACCAUGCGCCAAUUGUAUGGCGGCGCUUAAGUGGAUACCAGUCAUAUUCAUCUCCGCCGUUAUUGCGUGGUCCUACUACGCUUAUGUAGUACAGCUUUGCUUAUUAUCCAUUGACAACACCUUUGAAAAGAUCGUUUUUCUCAUAUUCUAUCAUAUAAUAUGCAUGCUGUUUUUCUGGUCCUAUUGGAAUACCAUAUUUACACCAGUGGGUACAGUGCCAUCAAAUUGGCGCAUACCUGAAUCAGACAUUGAACACAUUUUCCAUGCAGACACACAGGAACAACAAAAGCGAAUUUUAGAAAACUUUGCCAAAACGCUGCCAGUCACAAAUCGUACUUUAAAUGGAUCGGUGCGUUUUUGUGAAAAAUGCAAAAUAAUCAAACCAGAUUGCGCACAUCACUGCAGUGUCUGUGGUUCCUGUGUACUCAAAAUGGAUCACCAUUGUCCCUGGGUAAACAAUUGUGUUAACUUUACAAAUUACAAGUUUUUUGUACUCUUCUUGGGAUAUGCGCUACUAUAUUGUCUUUAUGUGGCCUUAACAUCGCUGGAAUAUUUUAUACGCUUCUGGCGGUCGGAUCUCUCACAACAGGGCGAUUUAAAUGGUGGCAUGGGUCGUUUUCACAUAUUGUUCCUGUUCUUUGUGUCGCUGAUGUUUGCAAUAAGUUUGGUGAGCCUCUUCGGUUAUCACGUUUACUUGACGCUCAUGAACCGCACAACGUUGGAGGCUUUCCGCGCGCCAAUUUUCCGCAUAGGUGGUCCAGAUAAGAAUGGCUAUAAUUUGGGAAAGUAUGCCAAUUUCCAAGAAGUGUUCGGCGAUAACUGGAAACUGUGGUUUUUGCCAGUCUACACGAGUGUCGGCGAUGGAUUGACGUACAACACGCAAAAGCAGCACCAGAUGCCAUCAUACGAUUCCAUGGGCGAUACCACACAACAAACCAGCCAUAGCCAACAUCAUCAACUGUUACGCCAGGACGAUACACUACCGCUGAAUGUCGCAAUGCCUGCUAUGGGCUCAGUAUCUGCUGCUUCCACAGCAACAGUGAAAUCGGAUGGUGCUGAUAUGAAUGGAUUGGUGCCCAUAAUACCAGUUAAGCCAGUACCAGCGGACGCAACGGCGAUCAUUGAUGGGAUAGCAUCGACUGAUAUUGAAGAGGUUGUAGUUAUGCCAGCUAUAGACACUGCCAAUGGAAAUGUGGUUAUCAACAUGCGAGAGCUGGAGGAGAGCUAUGGCACGCAGCAAGAGCAGCAGCAAGAAGAUGUCGAAAAUGUUUAAAAGCAGUGCAUUUAUUAAUAGCAACAAUGUAGUAUAAAGUUAUACUCAGUGCAGCGAAAAUAAUCAGUAGCCUAAGCAUAUUUAAAAAAAAAAACUCUAGAUAUUUCGAAGUACGCACAAACUUGUAUAUGCCAUGGAAUUGAAACACCUAGCAGUAUCGAUUUCACAUUAGAAUGCAAUACCGGUCUUAGGCCUUAUUUUUAAAGAGACACCUACAAUAUUUAGCGUAAAAAUCAAGGUUUAUACAUUAGAGCAGCAGAGCGCACAUUCGAUUUAGGACUUUAUCUUAAAAACUCUUAACCCAAGUUUCAAAUAAUCCCACUUGUUAUCUUCAAUCAGUGGAUCUCUUCUAUCUUCAGUGAAUAUGAGUUUUAUACUUUUGCAGAACAUUUUUACUCUAAUUACCAUUUUAAAGGGAGUAGUUAAAGGAUUAAAAAUGUUUAAGAACAAAUUAGCCGCUAAAUUUUACUAUGAACUUUAACAACCAUAGGUGUCUGAAGACAAGAACUCGAUUUGUACAUUAUUUGUUAAUUUACAACGACAAAUUUUUAAUGGUGUUCGAUGUCUGCUGAACCAUUUCCUACAUAACGCUUUUGUAGAAAAUUUUAACCCUCUAACUGCCAUUUUCUAUGAACUUGCAUACAUGAAACUGCUUCAAAAUAAGAGCCACAAGAGUUAAAUUCGUGAUCAAAAAGGUGUUAACUUUAAACGACUGUAAAAAAAAAAUUUAUGCGAUUGAGCGAAAUCCUUAUGAUGUUUGACUACUAGCUAUGCACCAGUACUAAUGUUUGAGCAUUCCUCGGUUGAGAUGCUAAAACAACAACUCUUAAACUGGUCAACAGUGAAAUAAAAGACGCGCAAAUUUUUGUAGCUGAUGAUUUGAUGACAGAUUUAUUUUUUUUUUAACUUUUAACUAUUUGAAUUUAAUAAAAAUUGCAUUUUAUUAAUAUUUAUUUUACUCUGUUGAAAAUAUGUAUUUUAGUAACCUAAGUAAAUAGGAAAACGAAAUAAUUUAACGAAACAAGAAAAACU